GUUACAAUGCUUCUGUCUCUGUAAUUUGAAACCCUGAAAGACUUUUAUGCAUAAAACAAAAGCAUAUUUUUUAUGCCAUGGUGUACUGAGAGGUUAGAAGACCAUUGUUACCUUGCUGUACAUCAAAGGCUUCACCAAAAAGCCAAUCUGGACACAGUGUUCGAUAUACCAAGAGUACCUUGGAUACCCUACUACAGGGAAAGAGUUACAAAAGGUCAGUUUGGAUACCUUUAUAUGCUCAGUCUUGGGAUAUGAAAAGGUCUUUUGGACACCCUUCAGUUCUCUGAAGGCCGAUUUGGAUACUCUACACAUGAAAGGCUACCUGGAAUUCAAUUUCAAACUUAUAACCGCCGAUCUAGGCUCAGAAGUGUGAAGAAAGUCAUACAGCUAGUGCAUCAUGCCUGGGUCUGACAAGCAAGUUUGUCCGUGAGCGAAGAAUCUGAAAGUAGCCCGUCAAGACAGCCAGUCAGCCUGAACACCUUGUUCCCAAGGUACAGCAUAAGAAUCUCAAGCCAAGCAAGCCAGCCAGCCUGAAGAACCUUGUUCCCAGGGUACAGCAAAUCACAGGCACAAAAGGGCAGAAGAAAUUCAAUGAAGAUGAAGCAGUCUAAAACAAUUUUAGCGAUAUUAACACUGUUAACAGUGACGUGGGCAGAUGUAGUAGACAAGGUAACAUGUGACUGCCCGAAAAGUGAAGAUUCGCCCGGAAACACUGCUGCGCCCAAUCAUGGUGGAGACAUGAAUGGAUAUCAGAAGUACACCCAGAUGCCAAACAUGUUCAUGCCCCUGAUGUAUGCCAUGCCACAUUUACCACUCAACCAGGGUCAAAUUCCAAACCCUUUCCAGCCAAUCAAAGGAGAAAAGGGUGAACCAGGCGUCGGCUGCGGAGCAUGCCCCGAGCGCGAGGAUUCGGAAAUCUACAAUGUCAAAGAAGGCGAUGCAGUCACACCUGAACGCACGCUGAACAUUGCGGUCACGGCGCAAACCUUGAAGGGCGAUUUAAGCGGAGGAAGUUAUGGAGCCUUAAGGGGCGCAAAGGGGGAGAAGGGAGACCGAGGGAUUAUGGGGCUUAGUGGGCUGAGAGGAUUCCGUGGCCCACCUGGGCCUCCAGGGCCGCCUGGCCCACCUUACAGGGUUGACCCUGUAGGAAGACGGAUAGAAGAAUUACGCCAGGCCCGAGUGAAAGACAUCCAACAAGACGAGGUCAUCGACAGCUCAAAGGAAGAGCCGGAGGCUUUAAGAGUGGCAUUCUCUGUCGCUCUGACCAAAAGCAUAGGUCCAACAGACGCUGCCCAGGUGUUAAAGUUUGAAGAAGUUGUCACAAAUAUAGGUAACAGUUACAACACCGAGAACGGAGAAUUCGUGGCACCAGUACCCGGAGCAUACUACUUCACAUACCACAUCCUUGGUCAACACAGCAAGCCGACGGAAGUCUCGCUAAAACACAACGUCAAAGUGAUCAACUCCGUCCACUCGCGAGAGACUGGCGGUUACACAGGGGUCAGUAACUCUGCGGUUCUCAAGCUAGAGAAGGGCGACAUGGUUACGCUGGUUCUAAGCCCCGGGAUUUACUACGUGUACGGUGAAUCGGGCCAUCAUACCACCUUCACAGGCUACCUACUCUACCCAGAGUGAGGGAAACGCAGCUGUAAGAUUUUGCAAAAUGAAAACUAUGGAUGUUUUAGUAAAAACCUUGAUCUGAUGAAAUUUUGACUGGAGUAGUUCCUAACUAAUUUUGUGGUUUUACAUACAUGUACAGGCAGUGUUUACUUUAGCAGGUUAGGCUUAUUUUAACAAAAUCUUCUAUACACAUUUGUAAAAUCUUGGUGAAGCCCAAAAAAUUGUCCAGUAUAACCUGUAAGCAAUAUCACAGGCAUUCAUGAAUAACCCAAUAAGGUACAGAUUUUGCAGUACCACCCAGGCUAGAAGCCCUGUUCAGAACAGCCAGUAGAGAGGCACUAGCCAGUCAGAAGUGUUCUUGUGGAAUGGUUAUGGAACAUUUCAGUUGGAAGGUCACCAACUUUCCACAGUAUAACUCCUAAACUCUCAGCAGAGGGAGGCUGAAAAAGUAUAGCGCAAUCUUCAAAAUAAUUUUUAACUUGAUGCAAGACGUAACUGGCAAAAUUCUCAGCCACCCAGUUAAUUGAGAAGGUACAAUGUUGCUUAUAUGACAGUUUUUUUGUCACUGUCAAAAUACUAUUUGGUGUAGGACAUUGUCCUUCUGAUUGUUUUCAAGGCUUGUACUGGAAUGCAAGAAGCCUGCUAAAUGUAUGCUAGUUAGACUUCGACUUCAGUGACUUCUCCCUCGACAGAUGAAGUCAGUAAGAAGCUUACUGAUGGGGCGCUUGUGGUAAGACUUUGGCUCCAGUCAAGUGAAAUGCAAGGGUCUUAGUGAGGGAGUGCUAGUGGUGAGCUGGUGGUGAGUUAGUGAUGUGCUAGUGGCGAGCUAGUGGUGUGGCAGGCCAUUUAGAAGCUUCAAUUCGUAUACUUCAUGUACAUU